CGGCCGCUGCGAGCGCCACUGAGCGCACUCCACUGGGAUCGCGCAACUUCGGAGCAGGGCGCGGACGGCGGUCGCCGCCGGAGAGCGCGGAAAGGGCGCACCAGAGCCGGGUUCCCCAGCGGCGUCCACUCCCGGAGCGCUCCGAGCCUCCGGGCAGUCUCCCGGCGCUGCGUGGUUGCCGCUGCGCCCACGGAGGGCACGGGCUGGCGCUGCCGGGCGCCUGCGAGGACGGCGAGGCGGCGGCGAAGGCGAAGGCGGCGAGGCUGGGGACCGGGAAAGAACCCCGAGGGAGAGGCGCCCGGGCCGGGCGACAGGAGCAUGAGGGCCCGGAGCGGGGCGCGGGGCGCGCUGCUGCUGCUGGCGCUGCUGCUCUGCUGGGAUCCGACACCGAGCUUAGCAGGCAUUGACUCUGGUGGCCAGGCACUCCCAGACUCCUUCCCAUCAGCACCCGCGGAGCAGCUGCCUCACUUCCUGCUGGAACCAGAGGAUGCCUACAUCGUAAAGAACAAGCCAGUGGAAUUGCACUGCCGAGCCUUCCCUGCCACACAGAUCUACUUCAAGUGUAAUGGCGAGUGGGUUAGCCAGAAAGGCCACGUCACGCAGGAGAGCCUGGAUGAGGCCACAGGCUUGCGAAUACGAGAGGUGCAGAUAGAGGUGUCGCGGCAGCAGGUGGAGGAACUCUUUGGGCUCGAGGACUACUGGUGUCAGUGCGUGGCCUGGAGCUCUUCGGGAACCACCAAGAGUCGCCGAGCCUACAUCCGCAUUGCCUACUUGCGCAAGAACUUUGACCAGGAGCCUCUGGCGAAGGAGGUACCCUUGGAUCAUGAGGUCCUUCUGCAGUGCCGCCCACCAGAGGGAGUGCCUGUGGCUGAGGUGGAAUGGCUCAAGAAUGAAGAUGUCAUCGAUCCCGCUCAGGACACUAACUUCCUGCUCACCAUUGACCACAACCUCAUCAUCCGCCAGGCGCGCCUCUCAGACACAGCCAACUACACCUGUGUGGCCAAGAAUAUUGUGGCCAAGCGCCGGAGCACGACGGCCACAGUCAUCGUCUAUGUGAACGGAGGUUGGUCCAGCUGGGCAGAAUGGUCACCCUGCUCUAACCGCUGCGGCCGAGGUUGGCAGAAACGUACUAGGACCUGCACCAACCCAGCCCCACUCAAUGGAGGUGCCUUCUGCGAGGGACAGGCUUUCCAGAAGACGGCUUGCACCACCGUGUGCCCAGUGGAUGGAGCGUGGACUGAGUGGAGCAAGUGGUCCGCCUGCAGCACAGAGUGUGCGCACUGGCGCAGCCGCGAGUGCAUGGCACCGCCGCCCCAGAACGGAGGCCGCGACUGCAGCGGGACGCUACUUGACUCCAAGAACUGCACCGAUGGGCUGUGCGUGCUGAAUCAGAGAACUCUAAACGACCCUAAAAGCCGCCCCCUGGAGCCGUCGGGAGACGUGGCGCUGUAUGCGGGCCUCGUGGUGGCCGUCUUUGUGGUUCUGGCAGUUCUCAUGGCUGUAGGAGUGAUCGUGUACCGGAGAAACUGCCGGGACUUCGACACGGACAUCACUGACUCCUCUGCUGCCCUCACUGGUGGUUUCCACCCCGUCAACUUCAAGACUGCAAGGCCCAGCAACCCACAGCUCCUGCACCCAUCCGCCCCUCCGGACCUAACGGCCAGUGCUGGCAUCUACCGCGGACCUGUGUAUGCCCUGCAGGACUCCGCCGACAAGAUCCCUAUGACUAAUUCACCCCUGCUGGAUCCCUUGCCCAGCCUCAAGAUCAAGGUCUAUGACUCCAGCACCAUCGGCUCUGGGGCUGGCCUGGCUGAUGGAGCCGACCUGCUGGGUGUCUUACCACCCGGUACAUACCCAGGCGAUUUCUCCCGGGACACCCACUUCCUGCACCUGCGCAGCGCCAGCCUCGGUUCCCAGCACCUCCUGGGCCUCCCUCGAGACCCCAGCAGCAGUGUCAGUGGCACCUUUGGUUGCCUGGGUGGGAGGCUGACCAUUCCCGGCACAGGGGUCAGCCUGUUGGUACCAAAUGGAGCCAUUCCCCAGGGCAAGUUCUAUGACUUGUAUCUACGUAUCAACAAGACUGAAAGCACCCUCCCACUUUCAGAAGGUUCCCAGACAGUAUUGAGCCCCUCGGUGACCUGCGGGCCCACGGGCCUCCUCCUGUGCCGCCCUGUUGUCCUCACUGUGCCCCACUGUGCUGAAGUCAUUGCCGGAGACUGGAUCUUCCAGCUCAAGACCCAGGCCCAUCAGGGCCACUGGGAGGAGGUGGUGACUUUGGAUGAGGAGACUCUGAACACCCCCUGCUACUGCCAGCUAGAGGCUAAAUCCUGCCACAUCCUGUUGGACCAGCUGGGUACCUACGUGUUCACGGGCGAGUCCUACUCCCGCUCCGCAGUCAAGCGGCUCCAGCUAGCCAUCUUCGCCCCAGCCCUCUGCACCUCCCUGGAGUAUAGUCUCAGGGUCUACUGUCUGGAGGACACUCCUGCAGCACUGAAGGAGGUCCUAGAACUGGAGAGGACUCUGGGUGGCUACUUGGUGGAGGAGCCCAAGCCUUUGCUCUUUAAGGACAGUUACCACAACCUACGCCUCUCCCUCCAUGACAUCCCCCAUGCCCACUGGAGGAGCAAACUACUGGCCAAGUACCAGGAGAUUCCCUUCUACCAUGUGUGGAACGGCAGCCAGAAAGCCCUGCACUGCACUUUCACCCUGGAGAGACAUAGCCUAGCCUCCACUGAGUUCACCUGUAAGGUCUGCGUGCGGCAGGUAGAAGGGGAAGGCCAGAUUUUCCAGCUGCACACCACGCUGGCUGAGACGCCUGCUGGCUCCCUGGAUGCACUCUGCUCUGCCCCUGGCAAUGCUGCCACCACACAGCUGGGACCCUAUGCCUUCAAGAUACCACUGUCCAUCCGCCAGAAGAUCUGCAACAGCCUGGACGCCCCCAACUCACGGGGCAAUGACUGGCGGCUGUUGGCACAGAAGCUCUCCAUGGACCGGUACCUGAACUACUUCGCCACCAAAGCUAGUCCCACAGGCGUGAUCUUAGACCUCUGGGAAGCUCGGCAGCAGGAUGAUGGGGACCUCAACAGCCUGGCCAGUGCCUUGGAGGAGAUGGGCAAGAGUGAGAUGCUGGUAGCCAUGACCACUGAUGGCGAUUGCUGAGUGCCUGUGACCUCAGGCCUGUGGGGGCCAGUAGGAGAUGGUGCAAGGAGGCCUGGCAACCUCUCUGUGGGGGUGUCCAACCUCCACCAUCCCUGGCUCACAGCUGGAAUGGUCCCUCACGCCCCUCCCCACCACAACCCUCAGACCACCACCAGCCUUAGAAAGACUCUGUGCUCUACUGCCAGGAGGCGGGGAUCCUCGGCCUCACCGUUUCCCCAGCUCACUCUGGGGUGGGCUGAGUCCUCGGGGGCAGCUGAAGGCCAGAGGCUUUCCCCCCACAACACACCACCCUCAGCCCUGUGACUUUGGAGGCCCACGGGUUUCAGUUCUGUGUUCACAUGGUCCUCGGCUAAGGACUGCUCUCCUAUCCCGGGUCCUCUCUGAAAGGUCAAGUUCAGUUCAAGCAAACUGCUCGCUUUCUCCUGCCCACAAACUUAGAGAGAGAGAGAGAGAGAGAGAGAGAGAGAGAGAGAGAGAGAGAGAGAGAGAGAGAAUAUGAGCCUCAGAAGUCAGCGAGACUCGGGCAAUGAUAGUGCAAAAACUAUAAGGGCAAAGAAACCCAGUUUCUUAGGGAACGAAAAUGAUUUAUCAUCCAGAUACCUGGAUAGGUCCUUUUUAAGAAAACAAACAAACAAACAAAAAAGUAAGGAAAGAAAAAAAAACUUUUAUCCUUGAAUGUGGUUAAGAGUGGCUGUGCUUGUGGUUUGGGCCAUAGGCAAGUGCAUUCUCGGGCACACGUGUGCAUGGGUGUGGUCAGCAAGAGACUGCACAGGGGAAUACUUUGCUGUGGCAAGACCUCAGUGUCCCUAGCUGUGCAGGGAGCUGAGACAGGGUUUUAGCCAUGACACCAAGUGCUAAACUCUUGAGCAGAGGCUGGCCUGGUGGUCCUCCCACUCUCUGUGCUCUUCUGUGGCCUCCUCUAGUUUUGGGGAACCCAAAUGGAGGCCCAGGCCAGCUGUGAUGGGGGAGACUGUUCAGGUCUGUUUUACUUUGGUGAUUCCUGGUCUAGUGAUGGCCAAGGGUGUGGCUCUUACUGAGAGGGAGGGGCUAUUCCAGGGAUGGUUCCCUCCCAGGUUGGAUGGCUUUGUGUCUAGGCUGGUACUAGCCAGUCCGCACCCUGUUUACCCACUCAUCUUCCUUCUUGGAGUCAGGAGCUGUGAAGGUAACUUUUCCACCCACCUUUGGCCACAGCCCAUUCUGGGAUGUUCCACAGGGCCACAGUAGAAGGGAUGAAUUCUUGUCCCUUCAGCCCACGGGCAGUGAUGGAGACCAGGACCUCACUGUAGACAUAGAGAUCCUAUCGAAGGAUACUUACUGUAGAAUCAAGACUUGCUGUAAAACUUCCCUGAACUCCCAUUGAGACCACCCUGGCAGGUCCUGAGCUUUGAAAGUUGGGGCCUCUGUGGGGAGGCAGGUUUCAUGGCCACAGACCCAGCGAGCGUCUGUGCCCUGGGUUUCCGCAGUGGCUCCUGAAGUGGGACUCUAAGACUGAGACCGAGGUGCUCCUGGCAUCUAGGUGAAUGGUGCCUCAUAGAGUGUCCUCAGCUCCUCCUGCCAAAGAUGCUCAUCCCCGUGGGCAUACUCUUGCUGGUCACUGUUAGCCCGCACAUAGAAAUGGGAAGCCCGGGAACCAAGUUGUAGCUAUGCUGUGUGACUUCAGGCACAUAACCGCUUUCUCUGGGCUUAAGUGUCCUUUUAUCCUGGGAUGCUCCACGAGGCCCCUUAGGUUCCCACACUCCUCUGGGACUCUAGUAGAGACAAGUUGAUUGUGGUCUGCAUUUGCCCAUCCUCAGAAACCUGCCUGUCUGGGCCCUGGUGGGAGCACGUAGGGAGCGAGUCCCAGUUUACGGUCUGACUCUUGGGAGGUGCUCAGCAUCUGGAGCACAAAGGCUGGAGCUGGAGCCUGGGGCAGGGCUCCAACCUCAUAGUUUGGUAGCAGCCGCCCGGGGAAUGUCGGCCAACUCUGGGCAGAGCCAGGCAGGGCUAUUGGGUUGGGUUUCCACUCCUGCCUCCAAUGAGAUGGCACCUCCCCUUCCCAUUCCUGGCCAGCUUGGUGUUGCCGGGUCCUGCAGGGUAUUUCUGUGUCAUCGUGUGUGUGUGUGUGUGUGUGUGUGUGUGUGUGUGUGUGUGUGUGCGCGCGCACGCGCGCGCGUGCGUGCUUGCCUGUGUUUUUCAACUUGGGCACAUCAGGGCACCCCUCCUAGAACGCACACACUUGUCCCCACACGUGGACAUGACCUCUGUGCCCAGGCUCGUGCCACUGAGGAGGACAUGCCUGUUUGCUGUCCCAAGUCAGUCAGUCCGUGUAUCUCCUAAUGUGCCUCUCCUGCCCUUCCUCAGGGGGCUCCAGGCUUCUGCGCUCUGGCUAGACACCUCCUGAGGGACAGAGACCCUCCUCAUCCCUGGAUCUGCCAGGGCUCUCUGGUCCCCAUCUUGAGGCUCCCAGGCAUCUGAGUCAGCACCUUCCUCCCGCCCUCAGAGGUCGGGUGUGUGGGAGCUUGGAUGUCAGGCUGUGAACAUGGCUGUGUGUCUGUGGGUUCUGAUCCACUGGGGAUAGUCCCAGCCCCACCCGUUCAUUCUGUAAACAACUUGUAAAUAACCUUUAGCAUUCCUCUUGUAACAAAAUUAAUUUUUAUGAAAUAAAUUAUAUUUCCUAGUCUAUAAAAAAAAA